GGCGGGCGUGUCCUUCCGCGCUUGCCGUAGCCUGAGAUGGCGGAGUAUUCCUGCGUUAAAUCCACCAAGCUCGUCCUCAAAGGGGCGAAAGAGAAGAGCAAGAAAAAGCACAAGGAGAAGAAAAGGAAAAGAGAAGAGGAUGCGGCAGAGCAACUUGAUAUUGUUGGAAACUGGUGGGCCGUCAGUAAUUUCGGUGAAAUUACAGGAACUAUAGCUAUAGAAAUGGAUAAAGGAGCUUACAUCCAUGCCCUUGACAAUGGCUUGUUUACGCUUGGAGCACCGCAUAAAGAUGAUGAAGGCCCUAGUCCUCCUGAACAGUUUACAGCAGUAAAGUUGUCUGAUACAAGGAUUGCUCUGAAGUCUGGUUAUGGCAAGUACCUUGGUAUAAAUUCAGAUGGACUUGUUGUUGGACGUUCAGAUGCAAUAGGAUCAAGAGAGCAAUGGGAACCUGUUUUCCAAGAUAAGAAAAUGGCAUUGCUAGCAGCAAACAGCCGUUUUAUUAGAUGUAAUGAAGAGGGAGAUAUAGAAGCCAAAAGCAAAACUGCAGGGGAAGAAGAAAUGAUAAAGAUUCGUACUUGUGCUGAAAGAGAAGCUAAGAAGAAAGAUGAUGUCCCACAAGAAGACAAAGGAAAUGUUAAACAGUGUGAAAUCAAUUACGUAAAGCAAUUCCAAAGUUUUCAAGACAAAAAGCUUAAAAUAAGCAAAGAAGAUACAAAAGCCCUCAGAAAAGCCAGGAAAGAAGGCACUUUUCAUGAAAUGCUGCUUGACAGGAGAGCGAAAGUGAAAGCGGAUAGAUACUGCAAAUGACAACCAGCUGGUCCAUUUUCUGCUGCAUCUUUGAUGACAGGGUCAAAUUGAAAACAAGAGUAAAAUGUUUUAUAAUUAUUUUU